AUGCCUGGAGCAACUGGUACUGGAAUGGUGUAUGAGCCGUUAGCCACUGCGCUCUCUUCACAUUUUCAAGUCGCUCUAUAUGACCGCCGAGGAUUCGGAAACAGUCUCUUGGUCACUCCUGGCGAGCUGGACACGACGACCCAUGUGAGGACUCAAGCCGACGAUGUAGCCCAGUUAAUCCAACAUUUAUCACCAGGGAAGCCUGCGACAGUCUUCGCGGCUUCCGGCAGUGCGGUGAUGGCUAUUGAUCUCCUCCAGUCUCGUCCCGACCUUGUACAGCACCUGAUACUACACGAGCCACUUAUUCUUGACCAUCUUCCUACUCAAUUCAGAUCGUACAUCAAAGAUGGAAUGGUUGAUGGAAUUCUAAAGUACGGGGGGAGUGGGAAUAGGAUUAUUCGGCGCGAGUUGCUUGCUUAUGUACAAGGCAGGCGUGACCAACAGAGAUUGCGUCGGGAUCCGCAUUAUGCACGACUUAUGUCUCAACCGGUGGACGAAGCCAUGCUUUUCUUUAAGUUUGAGUUACCAAUAGUACUCAACUAUCAUCUCGACCUUGAAAAUCUUCGGCUAUAUCGAGACAGGUUAGUUCUUAUGAAAGGAUUGGAUAUAUCACCGGAGCUCGCAAGCAACCCAGUCAUCACUCUAUCUGACGUGCUUGAGACUGCUGUGGUGUUUGCUCCUGGAGGGCAUAAUGGAUUUAUUACUGAUGCCGAGGAAUUCGCGAAGAAAAUGAUCUCAGCCCUCAACAGCAAGAAGGCUAAGCUAUGA